AUGUCAAGUGCAAGCAGCACCGAUGAAAUCACACGCACGCGUGAAGGUGUGCCGGUGUGGGACGGCGAUGCGUCGACCUACACUGCAUAUGCAGAAGCAGCAGAGCUGUAUGAACAGACGACGGCAUAUCACAAGAGAAGUUUGGUUGCCCCCCGAUUGGUCGCUGAACUGCAAGGAGCAGCGAGGAAAUUGGUGGUGGGACAGCCAGCCAACUGGCUAUCCUUCAAUGGGGGCGUUGCCAAGCUCCUCGAGCAUUUGAGGGUGGGGCUUGGACAGCCCAAGAUCCCCGAAUUUACAGAACACCUGCAUCGCUACUUCCGUCAGAGUCGCAGGCGCAAUGGUGAGUCCAUCAACAGCUACGUGUCGAGGAAAAUGGAGAUCUACUUGAGGGCGCAGCAGGCGAUGAAGCGCCUCAAGCCUGUCCAUGAGACAGAGACCAGCCGCACCGCUUCAGACGGCGGCCGACAGCAUGACUGGAGGCCCUACUAUCAAGGAGCUCCUUGGUGGAAUGGUGGUGGCUGGAAUUGGUCGUCAUGGACCGGAGAUCGCCAGAAUGAGGCUCGAACGACCGAGGAAGAGCCGACCGAGGACCAGAGCACAGACACACAGUCUACCCGGCGCGAGAGCUGGCAAAGUGAAGCUACAUGGGGUGAUUCCGACUGGUCGGGGGAACGAUCAUGGAAUCACUGGACGUGGCAGUGGCAGUGGGGAUCCUGGCCCCAGUGGGAGACUGAGCCACCCACGGCUCGGGAGAUUUUGCCGGCCGAGGAGAAGAACGACAUGGAAGCCGCCCUCGGCACGGGCAUCCCUACCAGCAUGGCCAUGCAGCAGGGCAAAUGUGUGGUUGAUUCUGGUGCCACAAAGUCAAUAGGCUCGGUGACGGCACUGGAGCAGCUCAUGCAGCAAAACCUGCAGCAGGCGGGCAAGACCGGUGUGGAACAUGUGGAUGUGUCGGAUCGUCCUACCUUCAACUUCGGGAACUCGAGUGAGGACCAGUGCUCAUCAACAGUGGAGAUGCAGUUGAAGGCAGGCGGCCAGGAUGGGCGUCUACGUGUGCAUGCCCUCAACGUGGGGCAAGGACCGAUCCUGCUGUCUAUCGCAGCUUUGCGCAGCUUGGGGGCGAUCAUUGACUUUCGUGAAGAUUUGAUGUGCAUGCGGGAGUUGGACCCGCACCGCAUUAUCGCCCUGGAAAGGUCAUCGACCGGCCAUCAGCUCAUCGAUCUCUCCAAGGAUCUGUAUCAGAACGCCACGACCGUAGAGCGAGCUGUACCCAGCUUGAAGAGUUUUGUACAAGAGUCGGCCACCUUGGCCGAUGAGUGCAGUCUCCAAGUGUUGUUCCCUCAGCCACACAACAUGUCGGGGAUGACGAACCAGCAGCUUCGUGCGAAGAUUCAGCAGUAUGGGGAGUCACCCCCCAGCCGCUGGACGAAAGCCGAGCUCCAGAGGCUCGAGGAACUAUCAGGUCAGAAUGCUUUUGUGGCAGCGCCAAAGGUGAGAGCGGAGAAGUCGCAGUACCAGCAGCUUGUCCAGGAUUUGAACGCCGCGGCACGCAAGAAGGACCAUCUUCUUGUGUUCUGCGAGAAAACUCUCCGCCUCAACGUGAACCGGAACAUGACGAUCGACCAGAUGCGCCGCGAGGCCAUGUUUGCCAUCUACCAGAAGAGUACGCCAGACCCGACCGACCUAGUGGGGUUCGGGAAGCACGCCAGUUUGACCUACGAGGAGAUCAAAGCUCACCAUCCCGAUUACGCUCGCUGGGUAACCACCACGGCCAACGAGAAUGCGGCCGACUCCGAUCCCAGGCUACAGCGAUUGGCGGGGUGGCUGGAAAACAAUCCAGCUCGAGUGGGCCAUGCGGCCACGACGAUGGCUCGUCGUGCCGAAGCGAGCCAGGAGGUGAAGGUUCCCCCGUCCGAGAUGGUCAAGGGCAAGAGCAAGAAGUCAAGUGUGGCCAGCGGCUGCAGCGACAGCGAAGCCAGUGCGAGCAGUUCUCAGGUGAGCAUGUUGGCCUCGUUGGUGGAGCAGUUGCGCGAGGAGGUGGCCGAUCUCAAGAAGGAGCCCCGCCGCAAGAAGACGACCGUCGAGAACGAGGACAACAAGACCGAGGACUCCUAUGCCAUGAUCUCGGAGAAGACGGCGGGAAUGAG